CCCACCUUGGUGCGCGUGCGCAGACGCUGUGGGAGCCGGCGCAAUGGUCUCCACGAUCCUUUCCGUUUCACGGAUGACUUUCGUCUGGAGAGCAGCAAGACCAUCUCUUCUGAAUCAUUCUUUGAGGAAAAUGAGUUAUCAGGAAGGAAAACCUGAGCCUGCAAAGCAAGCCCUUAAGAAGUCAAAGCUGCCACUCGGUCGUUUUGACUCACUGGAGGAUUCACCCGAAGAGAGAGACCCACUGCAGAAGUUUCCGGAUGAUGUAAAUCCAGUUACCAAAGAAAAAGGUGGACCCAAGGGCCCAGAGCCUACGCGAUAUGGAGACUGGGAGCGGAAAGGACGCUGCAUUGACUUUUAAGUCACACAGUCUCACAACUGAAGAAUCAUUACCUGAACUGUUUACUUCAAGUUGUUUUCUUUUCUGUAUCCUUUAAAUGUGUAAUUUCCAUCAUAUGUCCUAAAAUGCAUGUGACAGCUUUGAGUAGCAAAUGCUGCUACAGAUCAGGAAUGUGGAAACGCUUCCAUUAGCGUCUUAACCUCACCUUACGUGUGUCAGGGCAGAGUCUGGGAUGGGAGCAGCAAGUCUUUGCCAUUUAUUUAAUCAGUUGCUUAUAAAAUACACAUGUAAAUAAAGACCUCUUGAAGAUUUUCUUUA